UGAAAAUUAUCAUUCUUCAAGAAUUUUCUCCUUCUGUUUCCCGAUCCGCUGAUCGCGAGUUUUUCAUUUCAAUUUCAUUCUCGCGGUAACAGGAAACAAGAUUAUUAAACACGUUAUGAACGUAACUGUAUUUUGUCGCACUUGCAUUCGGCGUUUUUAGUUCUUCGUGAUAACUGAUAUUGUGUAUCGUGCUCUGAUAGUCGUCUGUUCUGCUCGUGCUUGAAAGCUCUUCUCUCAAGUGCAAUAUCAUCUGUGAGAAAAAUCACCUUCAAUCUAGGACCUAGGUGGUAUUUUGAACCAAAAAUAUUAUGUCCUCGAGAGUGUUUCAUCAGAAAUGUCCUUAAAAAAAGAAACUCCACUUGACAUAAAACUACACGCAGCCGCAGCCAAUGGCGAUAUUAAAUUGAUACAAAAAUUAUUGGAUACUGGCAGAGUUCACGUCGAUUGCAGAGAUGACGAGAAGACCACACCUCUUAUAUUAGCCGCUGCUAAUGGUCACUUGGACGCUGUUAAUUUGUUGCUGGAUCAAGGGGCGAAUAUUUCGGCUGCACGAUGCACAGGUACGACGGCGUUGUUUUUUGCUGCCCAAGGAGGUUUUACCGAUGUCGCAAAGCUAUUGAUUUCACGCGGCGCUCCUAUUAACUCUUGUAGUCUGGAUGGAGCCACUCCUUUGUUUGUCGCUUGCCAGUGUGGAUAUUUGAAUAUUGUUCAAAUGCUGUUGUCUAACGGAGCCAUUUUGAAUUGUCGAUUAGCUGACGCAUCAUCGCCGUUAUUCAUAGCCGCACAAAAUGGCCAUACAAAUGUGGUGCGAUUUUUAUUAUCAUGUGGGUGCGAAAUAGACAGUAAAAGGCAAGAUGGCACAACUCCUUUGUGGAUCGCCGCACAAAUGGGUCAUCGAGAUGUUGUCCGACUGCUACUCAAACACGGAGCCUUCAUCGAUAGUAAACGAAAAGAUGGCGGCACACCUCUUUUCAAAGCUUGUCAUAAAGGCCAUAUCGGUGUUGUCGAAGAAUUACUGAAACAUAAUCCUAAUCUUGGCUUAUUACCUAAUGGUGAAAGCGUUUUACAUGUGGCUGUUUUGGGUGGUCACGUCGAUAUAGCUAAGUUAUUGUUGAAAUAUAGAGCGAAUCCGGUGCUGAAAAAUCUCGAUGGAUGUUCUCCGAUGCAGUUGGCGUUUCAGUCAAAGAUUCCCAAAAUGCAGGAUCUCUUUAAAACUCACGUUCAGUUCAAGUCUAAUCAAAAAUGAAAGCAAUGAUCAAAAUAUUUUUUAGUAUUAGUUUAUCGAUGUGAUUUUUAUGAAUUUAUUGUUUUUGUUGUCCAUUGUUCGUUAUUGAUGAGUUUUUUCUUUUUCUUUUUUUUUUUUUUGAAUUACGUAUCUUAAUAUAUUCUUUUUUUGAGUCAAAA